CAUUUUUGCUACCCAUUUCUAUCUCUUUUCCUACCUUUGAACAGCAGCCUUCUUCCGUUCUCUUUGCUAACUCCUAUAUGCCUAAUGCCUGUAUACGCCUUUCCCGACUACAAUCUCUCUACUAUCAAGUCUCAAACAUUUUAUCCCCUUCUAUCUCUAACCCUAAUCACCAUGAUUUCCUUUCAGAUCUAAAAAAGACCCCGAAUUAUUCUCCCAUAAACCCUAUCCCAAUUCAAAAUCCCUAAAAAAUGGGCUGUGGAAGUUCAAAAAUCGAUAACCUUCCAGCAGUAAUACUUUGCCGAGAUAGACUCCAAUUCUUAUCACAAGCUCUUCAUCAACGCUACGUUUUUGCUGAAGCCCAUUUAGCGUAUAUUCAUUCACUGCAAAAACUUGGUCUUUCUCUUCGUCAUUUUUUCGACACUUCUUAUUCUAUUCCGUCACUUUCUCCGGUACUUGACCUCCCUCCUGAACGUAAAAUUGCAGUUAAUGACCCGGGUUCUAAUUCGGGUCAUCAUCUGUCUCACUCUAGUUCUGGGUCCCAUCUUCAAUUUCAAUCUGAUUCUGAGGAUAAAGAUGAUCAUGACCAUAAUCAUCAUAUUGAUUCGGGUUCGGAUUCCGAUAUGGGUCAUAAAUUAUCACCUCAAAGUGGGGUUGCUAUGAUGAAGUAUGAGGAAAGCUCCGAUAAUUCUGUUGCUGGUGGUGGGUAUCCGUAUAACUUUAACUUCAACCCGAACUCAUAUUUGUAUUCGAAUAACGGAAGUGGGUUCUAUAUUAAUAAUGGUAAUAAUAAUAAUGUUCAUAUUAAUUAUAUGAAGAAGCAUGUAACGUCUUCUGUAUCUUAUGAGCUGAAACCAAUUAGUUAUGAGACGCAUACUGUUCAAUAUGGUGAUCCUUCUUCUUCGAAUUCAAGUAAUUAUUACGAUUAUUUUGGUGGUGGUAGUAAUAAUAGUAAUUAUAUUUAUAAUAAUUCUGGUAUGGGUAUGAAUUAUGGUGGAUUUAAUGGAGCUCCACCGGGGGCAGCGGGUGGAUAUGGAAACUUGAAUGGUGGCCCACCACCUGGGAAUCAAAUGGGGGGUCCUACUAAGCAGGUUGCUCCGUCUCCGCCACCGCCACCGGCACCAACAACUUCGUCGUGGGAUUUUUUGAAUUUGUUUGAGAGUAUAGAGAAUCAUUAUCCACCUUAUACACCAAGUAGGGAUUCUUGGGAAGUAAGGGAAGAAGAGGGGAUUCCUGAUUUGGAGGAUGAGGAUAAUUAUGUUCAUGAGGUUGUUAAGGAAGUUGAUGGAAAUCAUAAAUUGGCGGAGGAUAAUAGUGCUGAGAGUAGUAUUAGUACUCUGGGCGAGUCAAAAUUCGACUUGAAAAUCAAGUCAAAAGGAGUGGAUGAGGAGGUUCUGAGUGUUAGUGAUGAGGUUAGAGCUAGGGUGAGUGUGGGGAUGGAGAGUGUGCCAGUGGAGUAUGAGGUACAUGUGGUGGAUAAAAAGGUGGUAGGAGAGGAGGGGAAGAAAACCAAGCAAGGAGGGAAAGGCGGCCGCGAGGGAAGACCGGGUUUUAGGAAUGUAUUUGAUGUUGUGAAGGAAAUUCAGGUACAAUUUGAGAGAGCUGCUACAUCUGGGAGUGAGAUUGAUAAGGUUCUUGAAGUGGGAAAACUUCGGUAUCAGCGAAAGAAUGCUGCUUACCAAGUAUCUGCGAAGAUGUUGAAUGUGAUUACUCCAUCAUUACCAUCUUCGUCGAAAGAUGAGCGUGGUUUGGACCUUGAUGAGGAUGUGCAAUUGAGAUCAGUGAAUCUUUCUGCUACAUUGCAAAAGCUUUACCUUUGGGAGAAGAAACUCUAUGAAGAAGUUAAGGCUGAAGAACAUAUGAGGGUCAAGCAUGAUAAGAAGUUGGUCAAAUUAAAUCAUUUAUUUGAAAAAGGUGCUGAACCCCACAAGAUUGAAUCAAUAAGAAAUGAGGUGAGGGGUCUUUCCACAAAGAUCAAACUUGCAAUUCAAGUCGUUGAUAAGAUCUCAGCGAAGAUAAACAAGGUCAGAGAUGAAGAACUGUGGCCACAAUUGAAUGAGUUAAUUCAAGGCCUAAGUAGGAUGUGGAAAGCUAUGCUUGAAUGCUAUCAUAGUCAAUACGAGGCAAUUGAUGGGGCACGGGGUUUAGAUGUGCUCGCAUUUCCUAGCAAUCCAAGUGACACUCAUUUAGAAGCAUCCUUGCAGCUUGAGCAUGACCUAUUAAAUUGGACUUACCGGUUCACAGAAUGGAUUGGGGCUCAAAAGGGUUACGUCAGAGCCUUGAAUUGUUGGCUUCUGAAAUGCAUCUUAUAUGAACCCGAAGAAACAGCUGAUGGGAUAGCUCCUUUCUCACCUGGGAGGGCAGGAGCACCUCCAGUCUUUGUAAUAUGCAACCAUUGGAAUCAAUCAUUGGAAAGAUUGUCGGAGACUUCUGAGAAGGAUUUGAUUGAUUCAAUGCGGGUGUUUUCUUUGAUGGUUUUCCAUUUCAGAGAACGAGACAAGGGAGAAUUAAAGCAGAGGAUGACCGCGAAUAGGGAUAUGGAAAGGAAACUCAAAAACUUGGAAAGAGAAGAUAUGAAAAUGCAGAAAAAGAUGGUUCUAGCUUCCGGUGAUUCGGAUGGUCUGUCUAUGUCUGGCCAUAUUGUUUAUCCGAGUGACACUAGCAGCAAGCCUAAUUUACAGGCUGGUCUUCGUCAUGUAUUCGAGGCCAUGGAUAAGUUCACAUCUGAUUCCGUGAAACUCUAUGAAGACCUCCUUCAACGCAGUGAAGAAGUUGUUCGUGAACGCGGGAGAGUUUCAUAGUUAAUUAUAAUAGAAACCCGUCUGUAUAUCAGCACCUGCUUGUGCGAUCCUGCAAAUGGUUGACAGAUGAAAUCACCUGCUUGAGUGAUCCGGCAAAUGGUUGACAGAUGAAGUAUAAUUGCAUAAAUUUUUGUAGCAAUAGGACUGGUCUGGGACGUAAGUCUUGUCAUUGUAAGUUAUCCAGAAAUUAGAGCAGUAUUGUAUAUAGAAAUUUUUAGGCAUCAGGUCGACCUGAAUCAGGUAUUAGAGUUGAUUUUAGUUGUACAGAAUAUUCAAGACAGACAUUAAGGCCUAUUGAUUUUAUUUGCAAGAGUGUAUACUUGGAUAGGAAGUUGUGGAACUGGUGGAUAUAAUUUUUUGUUCUCAUUCACAAUAAAAAAUGGAUUCAUUCAUAUUAAAUUUGGUGCAAUUUUAUGUUCAUUGGUGUGUUCACAAUUAUGUAAAAAUUAGGAAAAAUUGAUAUUAAUAAUUUAAUCUUUUAUCUAU